AUGGGAGAGCAGCUCAGCAAGAAGAGCUUCUUUGAAGCCCUCGAAAGACUUGACCACCUGGACGACGACGAGGAUGAAGAGGAUCCUCUCGAGCGUCUUAUUACUCGGAAACCCUCAAAAAUUCCAUUUCCGACCACCGCCAUCGUUUCAGUCUGCCCGGAGCCUCGAGCGCUGGGAAUCCUUGGCUCGGUCCGUAACUCAGACUCAAAGCAAUCAUCCACAGAUGAACUUGAAACGCUCAAAAAAAAGACACUCAGAGCCAAGAACCCACGAAGGAUUGAGCAACUGACUGACUCUAAAGUGAAAACUGUUCAACGUUUCCACACCACCGGAAGUAUGCCGGACUCGAAGAGCGGCGGUCCUGCCUCGAAGAAAAGAAAGCCAAAUAAAAACAUCAAAGUUGUCCCCGAAGAUCAGCAGAUCUUCAAAGAACUGGUAUUCUUCUUCUUCCCAAACAAUGACGUUUCUCCAUCUCGACGACUUCGGAUCCAACGAGCCCAGGAGUAUGGUGCACAGUGGGCCAAGGAUAAAUCAAACGAAGUAACCCAUAUAAUCGUGGACAAAGGACUAUCGUACCGAGAUGUUCUCGCCCAUCUUGAGCUGGAGACCUUUCCCCAGAACGUCAUUCUAGUCAAUGAGGUGUACCCAUCGGACUGUAUCAGAUUUCGCUCGAUAUUGAGCCCAUCCUAUGACCGUUUUCGAGUCGAGGGAACCCCAGUGACCACCGAAAAUGAGAUAGCUACCCCCACCGCAGCUCAGCCUGACUCUUUGCCUCUGAAGGAAUCCAAGAGAGAGAAAAUGCAGGCCCAGGGCUCCACUCAGCAUACCCAAGAAGACAGCCUGCCUACCGCUUCUCCUACUCAGCCUGGUGCUCAGUAUCCUGCUCAGUCUCCCGCAUCGACAAGACUGCACAUUGAGCCCGUGGAGUAUAUUGCCGAUGCAGCAACUCGGGAGAGGGAUACCUUCGACGAUGUGAUCGAUGAAUUGAAAGCUAUCAGCCACUUGCCCCUCGAUUCUUUCGACUCUGCAGAUGUAGAUGAAGUUGAAGAUGAAGAUGAUAUCGGCAAUGAAUCUACUGCGUCGGAGUCUGAAAGACCUAGAAAGACCCAAGAAGCCCCUAGAGAUGAACGGUCAGAGUCCUGGGCGAAAAGCUUCGCGUGUAUACAGAAAUUCGACCCUGACACACGAAGCAACAAUCCCAAUAGCAAAACCAUCAAAAUCCUUCAGCAAAUGUGCGAUUACUAUGAACGGAUGGCAGACAAUUGGCGCAGUUUUGCUUAUCGCAAGGCCAUCAAUGUUCUGCGGCGACAAAAAGAGCAGAUUACGACACGAAAACAGGCGCGGGCUAUUCCUGGUAUCGGAGAGCGAUUGGCAGCCAAGAUCGAGGAGAUUGUGCUUACCAACCGACUCCGCCAAUUCGAAAACAACAAUUACUCCAUCGAGAAUCGUAUCCUUCAGGAAUUCCUUGGUGUAUAUGGCGCUGGUCUUUCCCAAGCGUCCAAGUGGUUGGCUCAGGGUCAUCGAUCCCUCAGCGAUCUCCUGGAGAAGGCGAGCCUGACCGCAAAUCAGCGCAUCGGGGUGGAGCAUUACCACGACUUUAAACAGCGGAUUCCACGCAAGGAGGUUGAAGAGCACGGGGCGAUCGUCCGAAGGGCAGUACAGUCAGUGGACCACGACAUGCAGGUGAUCAUUGCAGGCUCUUACCGCCGCGGGGCACUGAAGUCAGGAGAUGUCGAUGUCCUCAUUACCAAACCAGAUGCCUCAUUAGAACAGAUUCGGUCUCUGAUGAGGGAUACAGUCAUCCCCAAAUUGUUCCAGGAUGGAUUUCUCCAAGUUGAACUUGCCACUUCACGAAAACAUGACAAAGAUGGGUCUAAAUGGCAUGGAGCGUCCACGCUCCCUGGCAGCCCGAUUUGGCGGCGCAUUGAUCUACUCUUUGUGCCUGGGGCAGAAUUUGGGGCCGCCUUGAUCUACUUCACUGGCAAUGAUAUUUUCAACCGUAGCAUGCGACUCCUGGCUCACAAGAAAGGGCUUUGUUUGAAUCAGCGGGGACUCUAUACUAAUGUACUACGUGACGCGCAGCGGGUAAAGAUCAAUCCAGGUCGAUUGCUGGAGAGUCGGGAUGAGCGUCGGAUUUUCUCAUUGCUGGGAGUGCCGUGGCGACCUCCUGAGCACCGGAUUUGCUGA